AGAGUGUCCCUCAUGCCCUGUGCACUCUUCUGGCUGAGUUACUGAGCUCUACCUCUCUCCAGGCCUUCAAUCACUCAUCUGUUCAUUCACUUCAGCGACCAUGAGUUUGAGAACAAGCUACAGUGUGCGUUCCUCCACCUCCCAGGUGCCGGUGUCCCAGAUGUCCAUCAAGCGUACCACCAAUGUGCCAACAUACCGGGCUGCGAGCAUCUACGGUGGCGCCGGAGGUCAAGGAACCCGAAUCUCCUCUGCCUCCUACUCAGGUGUCCGCAGUGGUGUGGGAUUCCCCUCAAUGUCCAGCUCCAUCCAAGUGAGUGCCACUGGAGCCACAGGUGAGAUCAUGGGCAAUGAGAAGAUGGCCAUGCAGAAGUGGUAG